GACCGGUUGUUCAUAAAUGAAAUGUUUUAAAUAAAGAAUUUUUGUUCGAAAAGCUCAUUAUUUCAUCUCAGAAUCGGUUUCGAAUGUCUAUUUUGGAUCUUAUUUGAUCAGUAUUGCAAUCAGAUAAGAGAUGAGUAUCCUAACCUCUGACGAUCACAACAAAGUGACAACUUUCAUUAAGAAAUUAAUGAAAUUCAAUGUUUUCAUAUCUUUGAUCACAUAUUUGGCUGGAUGGUCCUUUUUUGUCUAUCUAAUCCAUGAACCACAGAAAACAUCAUUUCAUGAUAAUUCAUUACUACCAGGAUUGGCUAGUCGUGAAUUUGUUGCCGUUAAUCAAGCCGAACAUCUUGUACAUCAGCUUGCAAAUCUGAGCGCCGAAUUUCCGGAGAAAUAUUUCCCCGUGAACUUUUUGCGUAAACAAUUCGAAGACAUUGGUCUCGAAGUUUACGAACAUAAAUUUCAAUUCAAAUAUCCUUUUGGUUAUGAACAGUCAACCGUGGAUGGUCUCAAUCUGUAUGCCAUCUUUCGGGCACCGAGAGCUGCUAGCACCGAAUCGAUUGUCAUUUCGGCGCCAUAUCGAUCGCCAUCAAAUCCUAACGGUUCAACACUGCCAUCGAUCGCUUUAAUGUAUUCGUUGGCAAAAUUUUUCAAAACAAAAAAUUACUGGGCUAAAGAUAUUAUCUAUCUUAUUUCUGGUAACGAACUUCUUGGUAUACAAGCAUGGCUACAGUCGUAUCAAGGUUUAGAGAAUCGAUUUGGCCAGUAUCUCGAAUCGGAUGUUCUCCUUGGAAAAGCUGGUGCCAUCCAGGCUGCAUUGAAUCUUGAGCUUCAAUCAUUUUCACCGCCAUAUGUACAGGUAAAACUUGAAGGUCUCAAUGGACAGCUGCCGAAUUUGGAUUUGUUCAAUGUCGCUGUUGAAUUAUGUAACCGUGAAGCAGUCCCUGUAUUAUAUCACGGUGAAUCAUUUUAUAUGACGGAAAAUGAAUGGGAAAACUGGAAACGAAAAGCUCGUACUAUGAUAUCGAUGAUGGUCACACAGGCAACCAUGCUCCCGACCGGUGCUCAUGGUCUGUUUCAAAAGUAUGCAAUUUCGGCCAUCACUUUAGAAGCGCCUGAUCGACGAGCCAAAUAUGUUAUGGUCAAUGGAUUACAGCUUGGCCGAUCCAUUGAAGGCAUAGUACGAUCAUUGAACAAUAUGAUGGAAAAAUUUAAUCGAAGUUUUUAUUUCUAUUUACUUGCAUCGACUCGUCGAUUUAUAUCGAUUUCCUCGUAUAUGAUUGUCUUUGGUCUUAUGGCGUUUCCUCUCGCAUGUCGAUCUCUUUUCUAUUAUUUUCAAAUUUCCAAUAGACAACAAAUCACAACCAUCGAUGAUAAUUUUGAUUUCUGGAACUCAUUUAAGCCUUGUGUUCUUGCACAUUUAUUUGGCUUGUUAGCCAUUGGUAUCGUUUCUUUGGUUCUUACACGGUUGAGCAUUUUUGAUAUGAUAUUGUAUGAUAUUCCAGUUGAAAUAUUAACCUUCUCAAUCUUUAUAAUAUUGGCCAUUAUUUCAUUGAAUUUACCGGCAUUAUGGACGGCACUUCCUAAAAAAUCAUCCAACCAAUACAAUCUUCAAUCAAUGGUUACACUUUUGAACACUUUAUUACUGUUGACGAGUAUAUCUUUGAUAAACAUCUCAUUAGCCAUAGCAUUAGCAUCGAUAUAUGUACCAUUAUUAUCCAUCUUUUCAAUACAGGAUCACCAUCGAUCGACAGAAAAUUCAACAUGGCUGCAGCGCUUAUGUAACUUUAUCAAAUCAAUGAUUUUAUUAUUGAUUCAUCCAAUUACAUUACAUCUCAUUUGUCUGUUUGGCUUGUCUAUUUCGAUGGAUCCAGAUUUAAAUUCAUUACAUAAAUUGUCAUUCAAUGAUUGGCCCUCAUUAUUACUGAAACAUUUAAAGCGUUCUAUUCGAUCGCAACCACGAACAAUGAUGAAUUUUAUUGAAGAUUGGUAUCUUUUUGAUAAUUGGGCAUUUCCAAUCAUUUCUCUAUUCCUGUAUCCAGUUUGGUUACAGUUAUGGUUUCAAUCUUUUACAACAGUUGUCUAAAAUUUAUAAAAAACGGAACACAUCUCGAAUCUUACAAAAUUGACUGUCCGCAAAUAAUGUAUUCAAAU